GGCCUCAGCUCUGGGGCUACAAGAGCCGGCCGACCGAGGGAGAAGUGUGGUCUUCCCUGUGCCUCCUCAGCAGCCGGCCACGGGCAGAGGAGAAGCGGUGGCCACCCUCCUGAAGACAGCUGCAGGGAGUCCCUCCCACAGGUCGGGUCCUCGCCAGGAUGGACGUCUGCUCCCCUCUCAGCCCCAUCCUCUGGGCCUUGGUGCUCCAGGCGGCAAGACUGGCCCCCGCGGAGCUGACCCCCAACCAGGACCUCAUUUACCAAGCGGGAGACGAGGCAACCUUGUCGCUGGAGGUUCCGCGGGGGUCCAACAUCUCCAAUCUCCUUUGGAGGUCUUCCUCGAGGGGUUCUAUGGGAGCGGUGGCGACGUGGGACCCAGAGUUCUCCCUCAAUGUCCUGGAUCCCAGUUACUCUGGAAGAGUCACCUUCCGCAAGGAGAGCUGGGCCUUAGGAAUCCGCAACCUGAGCACCGCCGACGGGGGCCGCUACGAAGUGCUGGAGCGCCGGGAGCCUUCCGACCUACUGCUGAAGAAGUACACCCUGGCCGUAUUCAGAAUCGAGGCCACCGCAAGCCAUUUGGCAGACGGCAGCUGCAGCGUCUCUCUGCUGUGUGAGGCCGGCGUGGGGGCGAGGACCCAGGUGGAGUACAGCUGGGGUCCCGGGCAUCCUGGCUCAGCCCUUCAGCUCACCCUGCGUCCUGACGAGAAGGACAAAUCCUACACUUGCACGGCGACAGCUCUCGGCACGCGGUACUCCCACAAAGUCACUCCCUACGAGGCCUGCUCUUCGGCCACCAGAGCGGCAGGACUCCUCGCGCCUGCCCUCCUCCUCGCCCUCCUGCUCCUGCUGCAGUGACCGAGCCGGGCUGGCCUCCCCUCCUCGCCGCGGCCGGCUGAACUCCGGACCAGGUGCCGUCGGAAGGAAGGAAGGGAAGGCGGCCCGCCGCAAAGUGAGACGA